AUGGACGACUCGUCACAGGAGGAUGCGUCUCGCGUUGAGGCUCUCCUGUCGGCGCGACAGCAGCUGACGGACCAGCUCAGCCAGAGUCCCUACGAUUUCAUUGUCUACCUCAACCGAGCUAUUGUACAUGCCGACCUGGGUUACCCUGAUCUCGCUGCCGGGGAUGCGUACCGAGCCUUGCUACUUACCGAUGAAGUCCGUGACGAGAGCUUCGAGUAUCACGAACAGGCGCUGGAAGCCCUGCAGAGGUACCGCGAUGCGCCCUUCCCGGCUGCUCUUGACCAUGGCCUUUUGAGCCAGAUGGUUGGCAGCGAAACUGUCCUGGACGCAAACAUUCUCGCCCUCAUAGGUUCCGUCCGCUCCUACCAGGUCCUCAGCCUGGGUCUGCUUCUGGUCGGCUGCUUGAAGAGCGCGUAUACCUUCUGCGCACGUGGGCUUGCGUUGGCCCCAGAAAAUCAGGAGCUUCUUAAUGUCCGUGGCUAUAUUCAAACUGUCGCUCAGCGCCGAGCGCCGCAGAGUCUCAAUGAUCCGAGCCGGCUUCCGGAGUGGGGUAUGGUUCGGCGUGAGGUCUAUCCAUGGAACACCCACGAGCCAGACCGAUUCGCGCAGGAGUCGCUCGAUUUCCUGAACAAAGAGUUGUCAACAAUGGCUCCAAAGUGUGCGGUCCAAGUGGCCACCUUGCCGAUACUGCUCGAAUCGGCCAGCGAUACAGAUGGCUACGAGAUCAUCCCAACCUGCAAACAACUUGGUGUCUUUGCGAAGGAGGACAUUGCAGCUGGAGAGACUGUGCUCGAGGAGUACUCACUUGUCACUGCCAACAAUCGCCUGAAGGAAUCAGUUUGCGAUGCAUGCAGUGAGGAGCUUCCACCCCUAGGCAGCGAAUCACAGGCGAUUAAUUGCCCCGAGUGCUACGACACCGUAUUCUGCAGCCAAUACUGUUUUGAUAAGGCGCAAAACCUCUACCAUCCUGCCGUUUGCGAGAAGGACGUUGACUCCAUAGCCAAGGAUACCGAGGCCAAAGACGCGGAUGAGGCUCUUCACCUGCUCCUGCUAGCCCGAAUUCUCGCCAUGGCGGCACACCAGGAGAUACAUCCUUUGGAUGUGAGUCAAAUCAAGUACAUAUGGGGGGACUUUGUAUCUUCCAAGGAGAACGAGAUCGACUUGUCGCCCAACGCCGGACCACCGCCAGAAUGGACCUUGCCAUUCUCUUUCCAGUUCAACAUCGAAACCCCUCUCCACAUUCUAGAGAAGAUGGACAUUGAUAUAUUUGCCAAUGCGGAGCAAUACGACCUGUGGGUUUUAAAUACACUUUACAGCAAGUUUAGAGGCACAGCUUCGGCUCGAAAGAACCCCCGCGACGGAAGACCCGAUGUAGCUGCUGUGCACCCCUUCUGGUGCUUGGCGAACCAUGAUUGUGAUCCCAAUGUCACUUGGGAAUGGGCGGGGCGCAUGAUCCUUACUGCACGGGAGAAACGGGUCGUUGGCGACAAGCCCGGCGGGAUUAAGAAAGGAGAGGAAAUUUUAAAUCACUAUUGCGACGUAACCUUGCCGGUCCACGAGCGAAGAGAAUGGGCUCGUGGGAGCUUAGGCGGAUGGUGUAUGUGCGCCCGGUGCCGAGCAGAAGCAGGCAGCGCAACGGCCGACACAAACGGAUGGCAAACCCAUUAG